UUUGUAGAGAAGGAAGUUCCAAGUAUUUUGGAAAAUUGUCUGAGUGAGAAUCUUACCUUUGUCGGGUUCAGACCGGUCCCUUAUAUAGGGAGCCUGGGACGGUUACUUGUCCAAUAACCGUUCCAGGAUUUGUGGAAACCAACAACUCCGGAGUUAACUACCUCAACGGAUAUAAAAUUGUAACCGCUAAUGGAAGUUAACUUAUUCGAAGGGUUUGUUGAAAGUCUAAGUGUUGAGCUUCCGUCUGUCUAGCAUAGGACGGUUUGGUUCGUCCAAAGAUAUCUAUCGAUUGUUCAUGGACGAACCUAAUGGACGAUCAUGCCUCAUGGAGGACAGUUUAUGGAGUGGUGCUAUUAUUCAUGGACGCUUCUUCCUCUUCUGGAUAAACUCUGGGAUCAAUCCUGCGUUGUAGGCUCUGGACGAGCCCGUUGGACGAGCUGGAGAUGGGAAUUAUUUUCCGCUUCUCUAUCAGUUGCCCCUUUGUCCAAAGGGUCGUCCAGGACAUUGUCGUGAUUUCAACAAAGUUUCGCUUUUUCGUACGCCACGUGUCACGAAACCGUUGGUUGGCCAGUCGCGUCGAUCCCGUUUCCCAAAGAGAUCGCCACGUGUCAAUCUCUGAGUGGUGAGUGUCGCUUCGUUGACCCUGUUGCUGGGGCCUAUAAAUAGCGCAUUCUCUUUCAUGCCCCUCACUUUUUUCCUCAUUCUCUUCUGCCAACUCGUCCAAGAUUCUCGUCUAGCUCUCGUCCUAGUUUCAUCAGGUAUUUCCUCUUCCUUUUUUCUUUUUAGGCUCUCGUUUUAAGUCCUCUACAUUUCAACCAUGCCUUCAUCUUCUAGUCUAGAGAGAGAGAUAGACGACUACCAGGACGGUUCUUCUGAGAGUGACGGUAGUGUAGAUAGUUCGUCCUGUAGUGACUCCUCAGACGAGCAUUACUCGUCUGGGGUUCCUGGCAUUCCCUUAGAGGAAUUUCAGGAACAACGACGUAGGGCGGCUUCUGGAUCUGGGGCUAGCUCGUCCAGACAGCCAUCAAGUCCUCCUCAAGACGAGGAAGAGGACGAAGAUGUAAUCUAUAGUUGUGCCCCAGAGGUAGCGUCCACCUUAGACGAUGCUAAGUUAAAAACUCUUGUAGAUAGAUACCAAAUCCCUAAAGAGCUUAACCCUCGUCUACCCCAGCCUGGAGAAUGGUGUUGUUCCCCUUCCUCAGGCUUAGGGGUAUACGCUUCUUACCUAUUAGCUGGCCUUAGGUUUCCCUUAAACUCUUUCUGCAGAGACCUCUUCCAAAGGUUGGGUAUUGGGCCAAACCAGCUCAAUCCCAAUGGUUGGAGGACGAUAGUUGCCAUGCAAGUAUUAUGGCGUGAGGCAUUGGAAGGGAACCGUCCAAUUACAGUGGACGAGUUCCUUUACUGUUAUAAGCCCUCAGAGAUCAAAAAAUCUGCUGGGUUCUACCAGUUCUCGUCCAGAGGUUCGUAUUACAGUUUAAUAACGGGCCGUAGUUCGUCUGACCGUCUUUGGAAAAAAGAAUUUUUUAUUAUUUCUGGAAAUUGGGCUGGGGACCCAGCUGAUGUGGGUAUUCCCUCCUUCCCUCCUUUUACCAGCCCUCUAGGUCGUCUUCGCCCUGAGGCUGUCGUUCGUCCACGUUUGGAUAAGUUUUUCUUGGAUCAGAUAGAAGUGGUUCGCACUUUUCCAGGAAGGACUUUCCACGACUUGGUUACUUUUACUCGUCUAGCAACUUGGGGACUUGGUCCAAUCCCAACUGCUGAGAAUUUAAGUCACGAAGAGCUCACUCGUCGAAGGAUAAGCACGAUGAGGGAAAACAAAGAGAAAACAGUGGCUAGCGGGGACGAAGAUGCUGCUGCUCCUACUGUCAAAGUGGCUUCCGUCCAGGCUGGGAAGAGGAAGUCAAAACCAAUUUCAAGUACUGUGGACCUGGACGACCUUCCCAGUCGUCGUGGCCACAAGAAGCAAAAACAAAGGCCUUCCCUUCCAAAGGUUCCCAAGUUCGUGCCACCAACAGUGAACUUGGACGAGCCUGUGGUGGACGUGGAGCCCGUCCAAACGAUUCAUCCUGCUCCGUCUGAUCCUCCCCCAGCUCCCAAAACUUCUCAUAAGUCUGGCUCGUCUGAAUCCUCUGAUCGUCCCUCUAAUUUGGUUCUGGACGAGGGUUAUGCAUGGAGGACGUUCAAAGGGAUCGUCACUGAUCAUGAGGUUAACGAAUGCUACAACAUGUCAGUGAAGGAGUUUGAGCGUUCUGGCAUCCAUGACCUUUUCAAGGCUAUGUCAAAGUUUUAUACAGCGACCUGCCAGGCCAAGGAGCUUGCUACAGAGGCCAAGACAGCCAAGGAUAAGGCUAAGGAGCUGGGCCAUGAGGUUUUGCUUAAGAAGGGGGAGGUCAUCAGGUUGACAGAGGAUUUUAAUCGUCUGCUGGGAAGCGAGACGAAGUUGAAGAACGAAGUAGAGGAGCUCAAAGCUGACAACUUAGAGAAGGAUACCCGCAUCGUCCAUCUCGAGGGACAAGUUUCAGAGCUUACCUCGUCCUUGGAGAAGGCACGUGAGGAAGCAAUAGCUGCUUUUAAGAAAUCUGACGAGUACAAGAAUCGUCUAGACAGUCAUUAUGCAGCUGGGUAUGAAGACUUCCGUGCUGAUGCCAAGGAGGCGUAUCCUGAUUUGGACUUCAACUCGUUCAAGCUCCCUCUUGCUACAGAGAGUUCCGCGUUGCAGACGAGUUCCGAGGACGUCAACAUCAUGGACGAUGCUAACACUGAAGUCAUUCAGGACGAUCCCAAGACGAGCUUGCCCAAGUGAAAUCUAUUUCCUUAGAAAGUUUACUUUUAUUUGCCUUUUCAUAGAAGUGCCUGUUGUUUUGGGCUUUUUACUUCUUCCUUUUUUUUUUAAAGUUUAUGCAAGUACAAUCAUCUCGUCCAGGAUUAUGGACGAGUUUUAUAUACAUUUUCAUAUUCAAAACUAAAGGGGU